CCCGAGCCCAAAGCAGAGAUCGAGCUUGGUAAUCGAUUCCAGGCACUGCUCUGUCGGGAUCCAGCAAACCACUGAACCGUCGACUGAGUGCUUCCCUCAAAGUCUCAACCUUGAUGCCCUGAGUGCCGCCGCAGGCUACACAGUUAUUUGUGUUUCAGUGUUGGGUUCCGGAUUCGAUUUCAAGUUCGCAUCUUUCAUUCUGGGUUCAGCAUUUAUUCUGGGUUCGCAGGCGAGACAGACAUUUUGGCUGAUAGAGCUUUCUAUGGUGUUGAGCUGGUAGUAUCUAUUGAUGGCUGUCACUGUCAGGGUGUCUCAUUGCCAGUUCUUUCAAUUCAACCCAGUUCAGCAGCUCGGCAUGGCUAGGAUCAUCCAUCCAAACUGCUCUCUGUUUCAUUUGCGAAGAAAAACCGGUAUGACUGAAUUCCCUUAUUCUUCUGCUGCUACUCUCUCGUCUUACUUCGCCUCCAAUUCAACUACUCCUAUUACCUCCAAUUCUGUAACUUUCGCAAGCGUAGAUGAUGCCCUGGAAUCAUUUAAUAGGAUGCUCCACAUGAACCCCAGACCCUCGGUUGUGAAAUUUGGUCAGUUGGUAAAUUCUCUUAUGAGAAUGAACGCCUUCCAGGCUGCCUUCUAUGCGUCUAAACAAAUGGAAUUAGCUGGAGUCCCACACGAUAGUUACACACUUAGCAUGAUGCUUCGUUGCUUCUGCAAAUUGGGUCGUGUGGAUUUUGGCUACUCAGUUUUGAGCAAAGCUCUGAAACUCGGCUUUCAAUUCAAUGAUGUGAUGCUCGGUACACUGAUUGACGGGCUAUGUAAAGUUGGGGAAGUAAUCAAGGCUGCAAGGUUGGUUCAUAAGUUUAGGAUUUUGGGGUAUCAACCGAAUGUGCACUGUUAUAACAUAAUUAUAGAUGGAUUGUGUAAGGUAGGGAAAACGAGUGCUGGACUUGAAUUGCUCAAAAACAUGAAGGAGUUCGGUUGUCAACCUGAUGUGGUUAGUUAUAACACAGUCAUUAGUAGCCUUUGUAACGAUGGAAUGAUAUCGAAAGCUUUAGAUGUGUUUUCAGAGAUGAAGGAUAACAAGAUUCAACCAAAUGUGGUUUCUUACAAUAGUUUGAUUGCUGGUUUAUGCAUGUCAAGCACAAUCAAUGAAGCUAUGAAGUUGUUUGAUAAAAUGGUAGGCAAGAAUAUCAUGCCUAGUACAGUCACCUAUAACAUAUUGGUUGAUGCUUUCUGUAAGAUAGGAAAUGUUUUGGGAGCUAAAGUUAUACUCAAAAUGAUGAUUCAAAGAGGAUUGCUUCCGGAUAUCAUCACUUACAAUUCAUUGAUUGAUGGGUAUUGUUUGCGCAAUGAAUUAGACAAAGCUAGAAAGCUAUUUGAUUUCAUUGCCAACAGGGGGUGCAAACCUGACGUUUACAGUUACAGUAUCAUGAUUCAUGGAUAUUGUAAUACUAAAAGGAUGGGUGAAGCAGAACAGUUACUGAAUAGUAUGAUUGAGAAGGAUUUGAUUCCGAAUACGAUCACGUAUACUACUAUGAUAAAUGGAUUUUGUCAAGCGGGGAGGCUUAAAGACGCACAACAAAUUCUCAAGAAAAUGAGUGGUCCGGGUUGCUUACCAAAUAUUGUGACAUUCAGAAGUUUGCUUGACGAAUUGUGUCGACGAGGUAGAAUUGACGAGGCAUUAGAUUUGUUUCAAGCAACAGAAACUAGGUUGAAGUCUGAUGUUGCGGGGUACAAUAUACUUAUGGACAGGUUGUGGAAAGCAGGCAGGGAAAAGGAAGCAAGGGAAAUAUUUUCCAGGCUCUCUAGAGACAAUUGUUUGCAACCUAAUAUCCGCACAUAUACCAUCGCAAUCAAUGGACUUUGCCAUCAUGGUUUUGUGGAUGAAGCAUAUGAUUUGUUCAGGAAAAUGGAGGCAAAUAGUUGUCUACCAGAUAGUAGCUCUUAUAACGUGAUCAUUCAUGGAUUUCUUCACCGCAAGGAUCCACUUGAGGCCAUCGAUCUUAUUCAUGAGAUGGUUUCGAAAGGUUUCUCAGCCGAUGUAACCACUAUGUCUUUGCUGAUAGAAUUGUUGCCCAAGAAUCAGUUGGAUCAUCCAAUUGUCCAGAAGCUAUUGAAUGGUCCUAAUAUCAAGAGUCACGAAAUAGUGUCUAGUGAUCUAUCAGCUGCUGCAACCCAAGGAACCUGCUGAAAUUCUCAUCCAAAGGCCAGUUGCAUGAUCCUGUAGUUUAUCAAGACCUCUUUGUGUGUCAUGGUCCUUGCCAUCCCACUUACAUAUAUGUGUUUCCACGCUUCCUGACAUUAUCAGAAAGAACUUGAUUCAAGUGUUCUGCAUAUUGUUGGCUCUCUCCGUUUGCUGUGUAAAUAAGUUCCCUGUAAGUUUCUGUCUGUAAUUAGCAUGAGAAUAGAUGAUGAUCCAUGUCUGAUGCAUUAGUCAUGUGUGUCCCUUGUUUAUUUGUGAUUAUUGUGUAGAGACUUAAUUUAGCUCCGCUUGUUUAGUAACAUAACUACAUAUUUGCCCCAGAUCCCUUGAAUGGAACUCCAUGGUUCUGCUGUUGUCAAGAAGAAGCAUUGCUUUUGGUUACCCAUUUUGUACUUCAGCCCUCUCAAUGGGAUAGUGAUCAGCCUUCCAUCCCUCUGGAAAGACAAGCUUGUGUUAGAAAGAAGGUAUGACCUUGACCACAGUUCAAUUACUGAUCUAGUCUUAGUCUUCUCUUCUGCUAUAGAUUGGAAUUUUUGUGCCAGUAGUAUGCAUAUAUGUCAGACGAGGCGGAUUUUUGUCCAUAAUGCAUCUAGAAACGAAUCCAAAUGAGCUCUUUGUAAAGAAUGAAAAAAUUUAUAUAAGCUGAGAAGUACAAUAUGCAUUGCGCAUAGUUAUUCUCCAAUCUGAGAUAACCUGUCAUACAACUCAACACCUUUAUAUGCAGAGAGGCUGGCUUGCUGUCGUCUCCCUGUCGUCGGGAGACGACAAACAGUGAUAUUGUCCAUCUUCUCCUCCACCGAAAGGCAACCCAUGAUUCAAGCACCCAGCUGUUGAAUCCGCUGUCUCCGACGAUGGCGAACCUCAAUCACCGGAGAGCACAUAACGUCACGAAUCCAUUGCUGUCAAAUUGAAGGAAAACCCAGAUUGUCAACAUCCUAAACAGACAAUCUCUUAGUUGACCUUAUCAAAUGUCUUCUCAAUGUCCAAUUUGAACAUAAGACCUCGCCUUUCACUCCUCCUACUAUCCAUCAACUUAUUAGCAAUCAGGACGGCCUCCGAUAUUCGACUGCCUUGAACCGAGGCUUGUUGAUUAAUGGAGAUCACCAAUAUAGGUAGAACCAGCUUGAGUCUUUGUAUUAGGACUUUGCUCAAAAGCUUAUUGAAACUCCCCUUGAGGUUGAUACGACGUAAAAUCGGAUGGUCUGACCAGUCAAACCGGUUUUUAAGAUGGGAUUGAUAAUUUUGUAAUAUAUUUAUUUAUAUAACACAUGAAUGUAGAUUAAUUAGAAUGUUUUGAAAGAUGUCAAAUAUAUACCCAAUUUAUUUGGUAUGAAACAUUUUAUCACAUUAGAUUAGUAGAAUCAACUUGAAUUUAUUGAAUUUGAUCCGACCAUUAAACUUCAAACCACUUGUCAAACAGGUUUGAUGGCGUAACUCGGUUUGACAUCCUUGAUCCAGGGCCCUUUUUUAACUCAAAUUUGUAGUUACCACGGACGGAUCUCUCGGAAUUAGGUUCCGCCAAUUUGAAUGACGAGGUAAAGUCCAUAAGCUCGCAACUCAUCAUCAACUCAUCCCUCCCCUCUCAUUUACUCGAUCAGUACGAGAUUUCCCCUCGUUGAAGUUCCUACAAUUUAAAACCGACUUGAACUUAUUGAACUCAAUCCGACCAUUAAACCUCAAUCCGUGAGAAAUGGAACAAUUCAAGUCAGUCCUACCUACUACUUCUUGUUCACAACCCCUCGGCUCUUCCUCCGGCCACUCCGGCCAAAAUUAGUCUAAUUAGGUUAUACAAGUUUGGAUACGAUGAGAUGAUGAUGACGACGACGGAAUUUGUGAAAGUUUGGAUUCGUAAAGAUAAACAGCCACGAACAACACGUUUAAUCAACGGGUUACGAGAAU